AAUAAUGAGCGCCUCCCACUCCUUCACACGGUGUGCAGCUUUUAGGUGGUAACGGACAGAUACUUGUUAAAAAGACAUGAAGGGUGUAGGUGGUGACGAGUUUGUUUCUUUGGGCUUUUUAUGCAAAGAGAUUCCCGAUGUUGUUGCGUAAGGGUCAAGCGCGACGAAAAGUGUCGUAUAAACACAUUCUGUGUUGAAAAAGAAAAGAAAAAAGCAAUGCUAAAUCUGCCAGGCAUAUCCCUGGAUAAGGCGCUGGUGUUGGCUGUCUCCUCCCCCUCGUGGCCCACUUCAAAAUGCCAGUGAUAUAACAAGCAGCAACGAGGUUUCAAGUUACCCCAAGAAAGAAAAUUCACUUAUGUGCACACCUAUACCUAUUAUCAAGACGGGUAUGGUAUACCCCCUCACACAUACAGGGAUGUACUAACAGGACCGGAUACGUAUAAAACAACAUGGAACCACUGAUCUCUAGUAAUAACAUGGAGGAAGGAAACACAAGGAGCGGCCCUUCCGACAUUUUUCUAUCGGGACGGGCUUCCUCCAUGGGGACGGGCGUAGCCGGCCUCGCAUUGCAUUCUGGGAUGCUCCUGUCUACCACGUGACCGCUCACGUGACCCUCCAGACAGCAUGCCUCCAGCAAAGCAGACGACGCGAGCUGUAGUUGUGUCGCAGUUCAGAUGGCAGUAUUACGUUGAACGCGUGCUUGCACUUUAUUUCUGUGUGUUCGAAUGUUUACUGUUCCUGCCUGCGUUGCAGGCAGGACGCAAACGCAGGCCUGCAGAACGCAAAAGGAGUACGCGGGACCGGAAACAUUUUGUGUGGCAACGGUUACUACGUAUGUACUUUUCUGACUAAGUGGUAAAGAAUGCCGUUUCAUUAAUCAGAUUUGCACAACAACAGAAUAUAUGAAAUGAAUCUGCGGCAGAGUUUGAGGUCCCAAAUGGACAAUUCAAGAUAACACGAAGACACACGGGCAACUAAAGCAAGUUACCGUGUAUACUACGAACAAACGCGUUCCCGUGGCAGAGCUGCUUUUCAGUUCGAGAGCCGCAGCCGGGACAGGAACACAUUACCAUACGUCAUUUCUACGACGGUGAUCACAUUUUCACAAUAGAUUACUUCCAAAAAGCAAAAUCAUACGGAGAGCAGCGCGAGAAACAAAGCUUUGCAAAACCGAAACUUUAGAGGGGAUCACGUGGUGGACAGGAAGCAAUGGCGAUUUUGACUCGAGCGACCACUAGAGGGUGGCUACGCUAGUCUGGAGGGAAGAGCCGCUCCUUGUGUUUCCUUCCUCCAUGAGUAAUAGGCUGGAUAGCGGAUUGAGGGUGCAACCGUACGGUCACCGGCCGCCAUCUUGGGAAGCUCAAAACAUUGCCAUUCGCGACUACAGCUGCAUAUUCUGCAUGCGCCUUUGCGUAACAUUUUUAUCGUGUCAUGCCCGCCUGCUGUGGUUAUGGAUGUACUGCACAUACUGGCAAGGCACCGGGAACGGCAUUUCACAACUGAUAGAUGUCUGCUGCCAGCGAACGUGGCCGUGGUCGCGGCAGUGGCAGACAUAGGGUGGCAUACGCCUCUGAUCAGCAACGCUCUGCCGGGGAUGAUGCAGCAUCACUUCAGCACCAGCAAAUCGGGCCAGGACGACGGAGGAGACGGGCGCACAGAGGCCGAGCUCAAAACCAACCUAGUAGUCCUUCUGCUUCCAAUACCACAUUGCUCUCCAGCUAUCAACGUGCUCAGCAAGGAGGUGGCCCUGCACCGUCCAUCCUAGAUGCCACAGUUGAACAGACUCAAGUGCAAGGAUCGGCCUGCCGGGACCUUCUUCAUCGAAACCAAGAAGAGGAUAUUGAAGGAAAUGGAGGUUCAGGAGCAAGUAAGAGGGAGACCUCUGCAGGUGCAAUACCAAAAACCGUUCCCUCACGGGGAUUGGAAGCAUCAACUUUGGGACAAGACACUCUGGAGCCUGGAAGACUGAACAGCACUGAACGAACAACUCUCCUUCUGCCUACCUACGAGCAACUAAUUCUCCGUACUGCAGACUCCGAUGGCAUAGGUAUGCACAGCGGGCCAUUGAGAGCAUUUAAUGAACAUCUGAGGUCGUGCCUCACUGGAGCCACAGCAUCCAUCGGUUUCUUCCACUUGAAAAAGCAGAGGCUCGUACCAGGCCGCGGCCUUGGCUGGGCACUAGAACCGCAGCCGCAGGUCUCCAGUGGGAGAGUAAUACUCUUAAAAGACACCGAAAAGAGGCAGAUCUAUUACGGGGAAGUGGUCAGGCACAACAAGGAAGUGCUCGCUGUCUUGUAUAAUUCUCAGCUUGCCACGAACUGUGACAGUAAGUUGGAGGUUGCAGAUGCUGGGAUGAGUGCUCCUUUUUUCUGGGCAUUAACCACAGCCCAUAGCGAGCAGCCUUUGAGAGCACACUUCGAUAUUUUGAGCGGGUACACAGCUGCUGUUCCGGCAUCUUCAAUAUUUUCGCACCAGACACCACUCCGCUUUGAAAGCCUCGGACAUUCGGGUCGUCACUGGCCAGACGAUGUAAGUACACUGGACAAACGGCAGUACGGUGCCCUACGUUCUGCCAUUACGAACGCCAUAACCACGGUGCAUGCACCAUCAGGAAGUGGGGCGACUCGUCUUGCAUCCUGCAUUGUGAGAAUGCUUUUAGACAACUCGCCUGUCUGGUACGGAAAAAAGCAGCCUGCAUUGGUUGUCACAGAAGACUUCUCUCCCUUCAAUGCUUGCAUACCUGACUCACAAGUCUUCACGCUUGAUCAACAUCUUGUUAUGGUUAUGGAAACCGCAACGGCUACUCCCGAUGUUGUUCAUGCGAAACGUCAACUUGAUGAAGCUCUCGCAAGAGUUGGCAACAUUGCGUCUGUCCUUGUGGCCUCGGAACUUCGCGUCCUGCAUCAGGAUGAAUUGAAGGACUUCACAAGAUCAUUUUCUCACAAGUUGGGGCAAGAGAGAAAUUAUGUACGGGAGUGGCUCUUUUAUGGGAUGAAUUCCGAAGAAGUCGAGCAUGUUGCUAAUGCUGAAGCGAUGAAUUACGAUGCAGAAUGUAAACGCUACCGGGACGUUUUGAAACAUGAUGAAAACUUCAACAGGAAGUUUGGGAAACGGGUGGUCCAAGGCAGAAUGGAGUUGCAGCGAGGGAAGCAAGGGCACUUCCUGCAGAAUGUGUACAUGAAAAACAUUUACGUAUGGCAGAAGCUUUCCACCACUCAAAAUGAGUGUCUUCCUGAUUUGGUGCACGUCAAGAAUAUCUACUCCCUUGACAUUUUUGACAAGUGGAUUCUGUACAACUUGUGGGUAUCACGUUUCAGAAGGAAUCACCAUCGUCAACUGUGCAUAGCACAAGAGCAAGUCACCUGCGAAAGUCAAGUGUACAACAGGCUUUCAAAAGAAUCCACCACAACUCAAGUCGUUGGCAAGCCAGUUGUUGUGGUAAGCCCCCAAGCUGCUAUUGAACACAGAUUUUUACUACAGGCACUCUGCCCACGGAUUCUGAUGGUACUUGGAGCCCAACGAGUUGGAGACUUUCUGCUCCCAGGUAUCAUGUUUCCUAGCAUCGAGCAAGUAGUGCUCAUUGGAAACAACUUUGACGCAGCACAAGUGAAUGGCUCUUUGUGGCACCGGGUUCAUCAUGGCGGUGGUACUACUGGCCACUAUGAGCUGAACAUGCAGUAUGUAUUGCCACAGAACAUCUGCACAGUAUUAAGUGCAUGCACUGGUGAAAGCAUGGUAUCACGGAUUACUACAGAUUUCUCUUUAAGGGGUGUGAAGGAAUACAUAAGGUUCUUCAACAUAAAGCAAAGGGACACAGCCUUGUUAAUGCUCGUUCAGCUUGCAGCUCACUUUGUAAGUCAUGGAUAUGGAAACAGUAGUCUUGCCGUUCUAACCCUGGACUCCAGCAGAGACACUGUGCAUCAUGUGCAAUCAGUCCUGGAUGCUAAGGGUGUCGACAUUAGGGCCGCUUCCAUCCGUUCAUGGUACCCACGUUGUGCUGUGAUAAUUCUUAUCUAUGCUAGUGCAAAGUCUAGUGGGAAAAUGUUUGCUGCUGCAAUAAGUCGUAGUCUGUGCGCCGUUUAUGCCUUCGGUGAUGUCCCUCCCGAGGACGAAGAGUUCCAGAACAUUGUGAACGAAUCAAGGCACAUCUCACUGGGUCCCCUGACCUUAGAAUGCAUCAGGCACCCAGGGAAGCCUGUCUUUAUGUCAAGCCCUCGAGACUUUGCGACAAAGUCCAAGGACAACGGCAGCUGCAGAGAACGAUGCGGCAAACCACUACGUUGUGGUCACACGUGUCCUAAUAAAUGCCACGCAGGAGCACACACUGAGCGAUGCAAAGAACAAGUUAGUGUGACCCUCUCUUGCGGACACUCAAGAAUGGCACGCUGCAGCGAUGCGCCGCUGUACUCUGCUGCCCGCCCCUUCCAGCAUCAAAAUAAGCAUCUACGCCAUCGUCCAUGUAACGUGAUGGUUCGAACGUCUCUUCCGGACUGUGAACACUACGUGAAAUUUCCCUGCUCGUCCGCAUCAACAGAUCGCCUGAAUUACCAGUGCAGAGAACUUGGUGCCACACUUGACUGCGGCCACAAGGCAGAGGUUGUUUGCUGCAUGAGAAAGAAGUUUCGGUGCCAACAAAUGGUGGAGAAACGCAUGCCCUGUGGGCAUUUAGUUCGUCGGGUGUGCUCUUCGAGUGAUUUGUCUUGCAAGGAAUGUGUUAAGAGAAAACCUGGUCAAUUGUGGGUGGAUUGUAAUACAGACAUCAGAGGCGCCUUGCGCAGUGCAGUCGCACAGAAUGGCACCUGCAGAGAGCGAUGCGGCAAGAAACUACGUUGUGGUCACACAUGUCCUAAUAGAUGCCACACGGGAGCACAUAUUCAGCGGUGCGAAGAAGUAGUUAGUGUCACCCUCUCUUGUGGACACUCAAGAAUGGUGUGCUGCAGCGAUGCAACAUUGUACGCUGUUUUCGACCCCUUGCGGCGUCUAAACAGGAGCCUACGCCUUCCUCCAUGUAAUGUAAUGGUUCGAGCGACUCUUCCAAACUGUGAACACCAUGCAGAGUUCCCCUGCUUUUCAAAGGACAGGGAUCGCUUGACUUACCGAUGCAUAGAGCGCGUGUCCACUGUAAGCUGUGGGCAUUCAGCUUCCAUCCUUUGUCACGAGCAGAAAAGAUUUUUGUGUCAGCAGCGUGUUAUCAAGACACUCCCUUGUGGCCAUCGUGUUACCAGAACUUGUUGCGAUACAUCCAUGUGUACAUUGAAGGUAGAGAAAGAACUUCCCUGUGGCCACACCGUGGUGCUUGAGUGCUGGAUGGCAACUUCCAACUACUGGAAAUCAAAGUCCUGUAACGUAAGAGUGCGCACUAAGCUUCCAGACUGUGAACACUAUGUGAAAUUUCCCUGCUCGUCCGCAUCAACAGAUCGCCAUUAUUACCAGUGCAGAGAACUUGGUGCCACACUUGGCUGCGGCCACAAGGCAGAGGUUGUUUGCUACAUGAGAAGGACGUUUCGCUGCCAACAAAUGGUGGAGGAACGCAUGCCCUGUGGGCAUUUAGUUCGUCGGGUGUGUUCUUCGAGAGAUUCGCCUUGCACGGAACGUGUUGAGAGAACACAUGCUUGCGGUUACUCACCGUGGGUGGAUCGUAGUAGAGACAUAGACACCCUGUACAGUGUGGUUGUUGAGGAACGUCUAGAAUGUGGCCAUACUGCUUCUAGGAUGUGCUCGGACAGCAGCAGUUGCCAGAUGCGGUGUUCGAAUGUUGUUGCAAAGUGCGGACACAGGUGCUCGUUGCGCUGUGCACACAAUCAGGUACAUGCACUACACAAAUGCAAGAGAUGCAAUUACACAUGUCUCAUAUCUUAAUUAGGCUGCACACCUAAGUUGGAGUGUUCACAUGGUGGUGGUCGUAGAAGCGGUACCCUCCUAGAAGCAGUACUCAGUUCUAGACGGGUUCUAGAUGGCUAGAAAGUGCACGACCUGUGUGCAGUGCCUUUUUUUUUGGCGCAAUUGAUUUGGAAUUGAUUUCAGCAUUUUAAUAUGUUUGUUUUUACGCUUGGUUAAAAUAAACUUUUGGAAUGAAUGAAGAAUGAAAAUUUGGAUGCAUAAACCUUCUGUGUCGCUGUUCUCACACUGCAAGCAUAUGUUGCAUUACACGAAGGCGGCACAGGCUAGCUGUUGAAGUACGACGAUGGAGGAAAACCCCAAGACACGGAACGGAGAAGAAGACUACGCAACACAGGCUGCACAUCAUGCCUGCUUUUCAGGCUGAAGCGUUGCGUGUGCUUAGAGCAGGAAAGGAGGCUUAUAAUGGUUAAAUGUGGUUAAAGCGACUCUGACGAGAAAUUGGAAAUUUUUCUGUUAGCACCUAUUUUGAAAGCAUAAUAUAUUGCUCCAAGCUGCACCCGAAAUAUUUCAGCUGUGCGUGGAAGCGCAGUUUGUCAAACGACAGACUGAAAACCGGUUUCACCCUCCCUUCUCAACUCGUGUAAUAAGUGCCUAAACCUUGUCCAUAUAGUGGGCUUUCAUUGAUUUGACGUCAUGUCAGGGAUUCAUGUUCUUUGGAGAAUACUCUGCACCGGAACUUUUGUUGAUCGUUUGCAGUUGUUUGCUACAGUGCCGCUUGGUCUUCGCGAGGGAAUGCUGGCGUCUACCACAUUGGUACAACGGUCACUCAAUACUCUUUCUGGUCAGGAAACUCGCGCGAGAACUUCAGUUCGGCGGCCGAGCGGUGAGUGGUGGCGCGGCGAUCGUCCGGGGGGCGACUUUCGUGUCCGCCGGUGCCUGCGCGUAUGGCUAUGGCUUGCAGUGUGUUUCUAUAGUUGUUUGGAAGUGUACACUUUUUCUUUCCUUGUGCUUGCGUUUUGAGUGCGUAAGCAAAGGUUCUUUUUUAAAUAUCCUUGAAGUUUAUUGCAAUCUUUGCACUCUGUUCUUAUGUAAGACUGAUCUACACAUAUAAAGGAGACUUCGCCUGAUUCGAACGUGCAGCAUUUCGUGAUGUCUAUAUGUUGUUCAUGGAAGGGGAGCCUUAACUUGACGAGGACUGAAUGAAAGUAUUUUUUCUUUGUGUAAAAAACAGAGACGACUUGGUCUACGGGAAACAUUCGCUAAUAGCCCUAUUGUAGAUGUACUGCGAUGGGCGUGGUUUGUUGAGCUCCU